AUGUAUCGUCUAUACUACACGCAUGAAAAGUCGGAGGAUCUCCAAGACACUGCACUGGAAGGUAUGAAUAAAAUAUUAAAUAAACUUAUCUAUAUAGAUCUCGAAUGGGCAAUUAAGCUGAAUCGCUUUACACUGAACAUCGCCGGCUUAUGGCCAAGAAAUUACGAAAAUGUUUAUGACAGAUUUUUAUCGGAUUUCCGCACGACAUUCUCCUUCCUCCUGAUCGUUUUCUUCGGUUUGAUUCCUUCGAUACACUCGCUGAUGAGAACCUGGGAUGAUAUGAUUGCGAUAAUAGACAAUCUGCAAUUCACUUUGCCGAUAUUGAUAACGAUAAUAAAGCUGGUGAUCAUACGGUGGAAAAAAACUGAUCUUACAUUUGCAUUGAACAUGAUCGCCGACGAUUGGCUGAAGACCAAGAGCGAGAAAGAGGAGCGUACAAUGAUAAAAUACGCAAAAAGUGCGCGAACCAUCCUCAUCUUCGGAUACUCCAUUAUGAUCGUAACAUAUUCUUUAACCGUGUUUCUACCUUGUUUCGGAACGUCGCUAAGAUAUAUGACGAACAUCACCGAUCCGGAAAAGAUCCUGCCGCUACAAACGUAUUACUUCUAUGAUAAAGAUCGGACUCCGUAUUAUGAACUCACAUUCACUGUGCAAGCUCUGCUAUUGAUAAUAACAGCUGUAUCUUAUACCGGCAUCGAUAAUCUAUUAGGGUUACUCAUAUUCCACUUGUGCGGCCAAAUGGAAAAUUUAAAAGAACGAUUGAUCAACAUGAGGCAAUACAAAACUUUUUGUGAUGGUCUCAGUUUCAUCGUCGAGGAUCAUAUACGGCUAAUCAAAUAUUACGACAUUGUUGAAGGUAUAUUUACUUUAUUGCUACUCGGGUUGCUACUUUAUUUCGGCAUUCUAUUCUGUCUAUACGGAUUUUUGAUAGUCGCGAUACUCACGAAAGGAAUGGAAAUGUCAAUGAUGCGUUUCAUAUACCUAAUAUGUGCAGUGUUAAACGUUUGUGGCCAUAUGUGCCUGCAUUGUGUAGUAGGUGAGAUUCUUGUAGCACAAUGCGAAAAAGUAUAUUACGCAGCGUAUGAUUACAAAUGGUACACGUUAGAGCCGGAAAAGGCGAGAAAUCUGAUUCCGAUAAUGAUACGAGCCAACAAGCCCCUGCAUAUGACAGCUGGGAAAAUGUUUCCUAUGACACUAUCAAUGUUUUGCAACUUAAUGAAAACUUCGGGCGGCUAUGUAUCGAUUCUACUUGCCAGGCAAGGUUAAUAAAACUAAUUUCAGAGAAGAGAGACAUUAUAAUAAAAGAGGUACAUUAUAUAUUUGGAUACAAUAAAAAAACUAUCAAUAUAUUUACUCAUUGGUCAAUAGCGAUCGAGCAAUCGAUAAGUUCGAACGCCAGAGAUACAUAUAAGCAUAAUACAAUGUUCAUCACUGCCAUUAAACACAAAUUUUAAUUUUAGGAGAAAAUAUUUUGAAUAUCGAGUUUUUCCGAUAAGGAUAAUAUUAUAUAUAUACAUGUAUUUAAUACAUUACUUAAUAGAAAAAAGUACACAGUAAUCCAUAAACAAUUUUAUAUAUAUAAAAUUGUUUACGUCAGUUAUGAAAUUUCGAUAUACAUAUCGCUAUAAUCUACUGAAAAAUAAUAAAAAUUGCAAAAUAGAUAGUCAACAUUACUUCUUCAGUUAGUAGCAUAGUAGCAAUAUUGCGUACUAUGUUCAGCAGUAUUGUUCCAACUUCCCUUUAGCAAUCACAUUAUCAAGAAUGGAAUACCACUAAAUAAUAUACAUAUGAUGAAUUAUCCUAUUAAGUAAAAUGUGCAUUAUGUAGCAUAUACAUCAUCAAUAGCACAUAAUAACACAUUUUUAUCUAUCAUCGAUGCAAUCAAUACAAUGGAAUAUGCUGCUAUGUCCUAUGCCCAAAAUAGGAAAAGACAACUACUAUCACAAUAAUAUCAUAAUGUUAGAUAUGACAGAGAACGAUAGGAAAUAGAGCGAUAUGAUUGAAGAGUAUUUGACUACGAUUUGAACGGAAUUUGUUGUAUAAGGCACAAUACAAGGCAUAUAUAAGGUACAUUUGAGACGCGGCCGACUGCUAUGAACCCUUCCCUGAGAAGUAUCAGACUAUCUAAAAUACAAAUCUACUUUCCAUAAUUAUAUAAGAAUCGUAUUAAAUACAUGCGCUAUCAAGAAAUGUUGAAGAUAUACGUAGAUCCUUAAUUAAUUCUCAAAUAAAUUUUGCAAAGUUUUCUUGGUAUGUAUAUUCGAGCUAUUUUAGUAUGCGUGCCCGCAAGACUCUUUUUUAAUAUAAUUUUUGCAAUUAUUAAUUUAAUUAAUCUCGCUAAAAAAAAGUAGUACAAAAUAAUAGCCGUCAACCGGCCGAUAUCCUUAACCACAACACGUAAUACAAUCUUAGAACAUAAAAAUACUUGAGAAAGUAUGUUUUCGUCUGUUACAAUGUCAUAAGGAUAUCUCAUACUUUUACUGCUUAUCACAAUAUAAUAUAAUAUUGAUAUCUACAAGUGAUAAGAUUAAAAAUAUCUAGAAAUUUUAGAUAGAUAUAAUUAUUUUUAUUUUUUAUGCAAUUUUGUCAUGUAUUUUUCAGAUAUAUUCUAAACCUAUAAGAAAGUAGGAAUCUGCCUCUCAAAAAUUCUGAUUUUGCUUCUUUUAAAUGAACAAAAUAUAAAAAACUUAAA